CCUCUAUCUCGACACCCCCCCCCGCCCCCGGCGGCCCCGUCUCUUAUAAAACUAGCAAUCGCUUACAAGAACUGAAGCCGCGUCUUCUUCCAUUUUUUUCCCCUAAAUCUAGUCAAUUUUCUCCACCAUAUUCCGCCUCCGAAAUGGCAACCAACAGUGACAGUUUCCCGGCCGGAUCCGGAUCUGGAUCUCCCACGGUUAACGGCGACGCAACUCCUGACCGCAAGAUCGCGUUGAUCACUGGAAUCACCGGUCAAGAUGGUUCAUACCUGACCGAGUUCCUCCUCAACAAAGGCUACGAAGUCCACGGCUUAAUUCGCCGCUCUUCCAACUUCAAUACGCAACGUAUUAAUCACAUCUACAUCGACCCGCACAAUGCUCACAAGGCUCGGAUGAAGCUCCAUUACGCUGACCUCACCGAUGCUUCCUCGCUUCGUCGCUGGCUCGACUCUAUCCGACCCGACGAGGUUUACAAUCUGGCUGCCCAAUCCCACGUGGCGGUCUCUUUUGAAAUCCCUGAUUAUACUGCUGAUGUGGUGGCUACUGGAGCCCUCCGAUUGUUGGAAGCCGUUAGAUCCCACAUCGCCGCCACGGGUCGGAGCCAUAUCAAGUAUUACCAAGCAGGAUCUUCGGAAAUGUUCGGAUCCACUACUCCGCCGCAAUCUGAAGAUUCCCCAUUUCACCCCAGAUCUCCAUACGCAGCUUCCAAAUGCGCCGCGCAUUGGUACACUGUCAAUUACAGGGAAGCUUACGGGAUCUAUGCCUGUAAUGGAAUUUUGUUUAAUCACGAGUCCCCGAGGAGAGGAGAGAAUUUCGUGACCCGGAAAAUUACUCGGGCCGUUGGCAGGAUCAAGAUUGGGUUGCAAAGCAAGUUAUUUUUGGGGAAUCUGCAAGCUUCGAGGGAUUGGGGUUUUGCUGGGGAUUACGUGGAAGCUAUGUGGAUGAUGUUGCAACAAGAGAAGCCAGACGAUUACGUUGUGGCGACGGAGGAGUCGCAUACGGUGGAGGAGUUUCUGGAAGUGGCAUUUGGGUAUGUUGAUUUGAACUGGAAAGAUCAUGUGGUGAUUGAUAAGAGGUAUUUUAGGCCUGCCGAGGUGGAUAAUUUGAAAGGUGAUUCAAGUAAGGCAAGAAAGGUUCUUGGUUGGAAACCCAGAGUUGGGUUUGAGCAAUUGGUGAAGAUGAUGGUUGAUGAAGAUAUUGAAUUGGCUAAGAGGGAGAAAGUGUUGGUUGAUGCUGGUUAUAUGGAUGCCCAGCAACAACCUUAAUUUACAGCCUUUGGAUGAAAAUUUAUUUCAUGUUUAAUUUAAUUUCAAGUUUUAUGUUGUUUUAAUUCAUUUAAUUCCUGGAAGUUCAUAAUGAUGUCACUCUGAAAUUCCAUUUUUAUUUAAGGAAAGCCUGAUAUUUUGCCUUGAAACUGGAUCUUAUACCUUCAGUUUGAACUUUGAAGUGAAGUGGUCCAUCCAUGUACAAGCUCAGAAUAUGAGACUUUGAUCUUUA